AUGAUCCAGACGGACCGUUUGUACUCUGCCGACGAUCUGUACACGAUUCGGCAGAGGGAGGACGAACCCUUACGGGAAUACGCAGCGCGCUUCAGUCACGAGUACUCGAGGUGUCCCGAAACGGACGAUAGGGCAGCCUACGGCGCCUUCAAGAGUGGCCUACGGUCCUCUCACUUCCGGUACCUCGUGCACAGUAGCAACUGGCGCACGUAUGACGAGUUAAUGAAGCAGGCGGCAGUCCAUGCGAAAGCCGAAUACUUCAAUUCCAAAACCGGGCCUUCGGCUCGGAAGGAGGAGUCGGCCACCAAAAGUUAUCCAGGCCGAACCGACGACUCGUCGGCAGGACACAAACGGAAGGACGACCGUGAUAGCCGUCAGGGAAACUCAAAGAAAGGACGUGGGAAGUACGGUCGUAACGACCACCGGGCGCCCCUACCGAAUCACGAUCGUGCUCAGGAAGUCUUCACCCUGCUGAACACGACGUACGAAACCGUUCUAAUGAACAAACAUGACCAGAUCCCGAAGCCAACCAACCGAAAGCCCAAUCGGCAGGAUAAUCUGGACACUGGCAAAUUCUGCCGAUAUCACCAGCAGAACAGCCACAAUACCGAAGACUGCAUCAGUCUGAGGAAAAUUGUCGAGCGUCUGAUUCGGGAAGGAAAGUUGGAUCAGUACCUCGCCAGGCCACCACAGGCCCCCAGCACCGAACGCGAAUCGGCAGAUCAACAUGAUCAACACGAUCAGCGGCGGCCCCACCCUGGCGGGACCCUCUAA